CCCAUUUCAUGCCGCGGCCGCCGCCGCCUCCUCCUCCCCCUCCUCCUUAUAAAUUAGUGUUCUUCUUUACACGUUCUCCAACACCGUCGUGCUCUAAUAACUUGUGCUCUCUGUCUCUCCUUGUUUUCUGCCAUUAGCAACGCCUAAUAAUAAUAUAACUUAUUAGGCUCCCCUCUGUUUCUCUUCUCUCCUCCUCGUCUCCUUUUCCUUUUCUCCCUUCAAUUAUUAUCUCUUCUUAUUUAUUACUUACUACUCAUCUUAAUUGCCUAAUCAAUCAUCCAUAUAUCUCAUCUCAUCCUUGGAGUUCGAGAAUCUACGAGCUCGUCAGAUUCCAUUGCUGAGGAAACGAACAAAACAAGCGUCAUUUGAAGGCGUUCUUUUGUUUCUUUUUGUUUUGCUCGCAUUCGGAGCAAAGCUCAAGAUAAAGAAGAUUCCCAAUCUCGCCACUUCAUUCGCUUCUUUUAUCUUCUUCACCUUUUGGAACCAAUCUAUCUCAAUGUGCAACCACAGCGUCAUUUGAAGGCACUCAACACUUCCGCCUUAAAAAAUGUACGAGUGCUGCUAAAGCAGCAGCAGGAGCAGAGAACUCGAAGAAGAAGAAGAAGAGAAAUUUGAGCAGGAGGGUCUCAAUCGGAAGGAAAAUGGAAGAUUCAUUAGAGAGCAGUAAUCGGGAGACGCCGCCGUCGUCAAAAUCCUCCCCAGGUGUUGUCUACACAGAUGUCAACAUCGUUCCUGAGCAUGCAAACGCAAAAGAAGGGAUUCUUCUUAAUAUUGAAUCCACGAUCUCAACCCUCCAAGAGGAGAUUUUGACGUUGCAACCGAGGCAGCGAUGUCUCGAUAAGCAGCGGCGAGAGGCUCUCGAUAAGAUCUUAGAUCUGAAAGGAAGCAUUAGAGUGUUUUGUCGGGUUCGAUCGCCUCUCUCGACGAAUAAUUGGAGGUUGAGAUCGCCUCCCAUCUUCGUGGAAUCGGAGAAGAUUAUUGUUGGAUCUGCGGGAACUAAGAAGGGCUUCAGCGUUGAUAGAGUGUUCGCUCAAGAAUCAACACAAGAUGAUGUCUUUAUGGAAGUUGAGCCCAUUCUUCGAUCCGCGCUUGACGGAAACAACGUCUGCAUUCUUGCUUAUGGACAGACCGGUACCGGAAAAACGUACACGAUGGAAGGAGUGAAUGGCGAGCCGGGCAUUGUUCCUCGAGCCAUCGAAGAGCUCUUUCGUCGAGUUUCUCACGACAAUUCCGUGCCGUAUACUUUGUCUAUGAGCAUGUUAGAGGUCUACGUGGGUAGCAUUAGGGACUUGUUGGUCCCGAAGCAACCUUCAUUUAGGACAGCGGCCCUCGUACAUAGGAGCAAUCUCAGCAUUCUAACUGCUAGUAAUGGCGCGGUCGAAAUUGAGGGACUCACAGAUGUGGAAAUAACCGACUUCAAACAAGCUAACCGAUGGUAUUCAAGGGGGAAACGAGCUCGCUCUACAUCAUGGACUAAUGUGAACGAGACCUCCAGCCGAUCACAUUGCUUGACGAGAAUUACGAUAAGCCAAACUAGUGGUGUGGGCGAGAGAGUUAGCAAGUUGUGGUUGGUGGACCUCGGGGGAAGCGAGAGAUUGCUGAAGACUGGUGCCACUGGGCAGACGAUGGAUGAAGGGAAGGCUAUUAACCUCUCUCUUUCGGCCCUUGGCGAUGUUAUUUCCGCUCUAAAGAGGAAGCGCAGCCAUAUUCCUUAUAGGAAUAGCAAACUUACUCAAAUUCUCAGCGAUUCUCUCGGUGAUGGUUCGAAAGUUUUGAUGAUCGUGCACAUUAGUUCCGGUGAAGAUGAUCUAGGGGAGACACUGUGUUCGUUAAGCUUUGCGCAAAGAGUGCGGUCAGUUGAGUCAAAUAGAGAAAUUUCGGAGGAUUUAAAGAGGCAGAAGCAAACAUGUAUCGCUGAGCUCGAACAGCAAAUAAAUGAUAUUGAAGAAGAGCUCGAGAACAUAAGAAAACAAAUCAAGAGAACCCAUAACUUGAUUCAGGAAAAAAAGCAGCUCUUUCCACCGAAUGAUCCAACCAUUGAAGAUCACGAGGGAUCACCGAGAAGCCCGCUCGUGAUAGGCCAUGGUGAAAUUACAGAAAGCCUCCCAACUACAGAAAAAACUGCAAAGAAAACAGUUUGCAGAUCGGGUCCUCGCUUUAUGGCUUCUACCGUAUGCAGUCGACAGAGGCAAAUUGCAGGCGGAGAAGUAAGUGGAAAGAUACGAACCGCAAAAUCGGUCAGCAGAAGCAAUGCGGAUUUUUCUGUGUCUCAGUCGUUCAAUCUUUCCGGUCGUUACGUUAUAUCAAACUUAAAGAAUGCUAAGACUAAUUUGGUGAAAUUUGAAGGCACGAUCGCGAAGGGGCGAGAUUUGUUACUUAAAUGCAAACCAGACAACAUGAGCCAUAACAGCAUCGAUUCGAAAUCAUCCUCGAAUAAGAAGGUGUCCAAGUCUCAUCCUAAUUUGAAGGCUACACUUCCUAAACACAGAAGAAGAAUGUCUGACCUAUUGUAAGAGAACGGCAUGGCAGCAAAAGUAUUAUAAGAUAUAGAGUGAAGCUUGUGAGUGGAGUGAUGAAGUGAUUUUCUUUUCUUUUCUUUUCUUUUCUUUUCUUUUGUGGCUUGAUUAAAUUUUUACUUCUUUUUUUUUAUUAUUAUUAUUAUUGUUUUGGUGGUUUGUUGGCUUGAUUCUUUUGUAAACUUGGCUUUUUGCCCUUCCUUGUGAUGUUUUUAGUUUGGCAUCGAAGGGCCCAGAAAAGAUGUUUGGCAUUAGGGUGAUCGUGAAUUGAUUUUGUAUCUGUUAGUGGGGUUAGUUGUAUUGUUACUACAAUUUGGAGACCUAAUCAUUGCUGAAUCAUUAAAAUUUGUUCUUUCGGGGGUUUUUAUUUCA